CUCUUCUUCGCGUAUACUACCAAGUCGAUGGCCUUUAAUAUUUUGUAAUGUUAUUAAAGAAAUCAAAGAAUCUCCAGAAAAUCGGGAGCGUAAACAACAGAUAAGAAAUACUAAUUCUACCAACUGGGAUAAAGAAAUCGAGAAUAUUUAUGACUUAUAUACAGAACUUCCAUAUUAA